GCAGAGAGUACACUCACACGCAAUAUCUUAAUUAAUUAAUUCCAACUCACACAACAAAAUAUGGAGAGUGUAAAUAAUAAUAAUUUGUCAGAUCUAUGAAUCCCAUCUCAUCUCUUCUCUCCCAACAUAAAAACUUGACCAGAAAAAAACUCACAAAACUAAUCAAGAUCUCCCUUUCAUCAUCUCCAUCUCCAUCCCUGCUAAUGGCUUCAUCGAAUUACCAGAGAUCAAACUCCAAUAGCAGCAGAGCACUGGCUAGGAUCUCUGUAUCUUCUCCUAACCAUUCACCAACACAAUCAACAUCCACAUCAACAUCAGCACCUUCUCCUGAUGUCUCAAAGCAGCAGCAGGAGCCACAACCAGCUGUAGCAGUAAAUCACAGAGCUUCAUCUCUUUCACCUGAUUUGAGAAGUCUUUACCAGCAAGUCUUCACAUCAUUCCCACAGAACCCUCAUUUCAAUCCACUCUCAAACUUUACUGAAGAAACCAAAGAAGGUCUGAAACUAGGGUUAGAUGUGUCUUUUGUCAAUUUUGUCAAGAAAUUUCACAUCCCUGUUGAGGAACCAUCUGUGUUUCUAGCUGAAGUGGAAACCUACACAAAACAAUUAGCUGAAUUUGAGAAUAUGGGAUAUGAUGUUACCAAGUUAAAGGAGAGAUUGAAUCUGUUGAGGAGAAGAGCUGAACAACACAAGGCUUUAAAAUUUGCAAUUGAUGAAUUACAGGAAGAAGAGAAAGAGAAAGAAGCGAAAGUUGAAGCUCAGGAGUUUCGAUUGAAGGAGAUCGAAGAAGAGAACAAGAGAAUUACAAAGGCAUUACAGUUGCAGAAAAUAGAGAUCGAGAAUGUUAAUAUGAAGAAGAGGAAGAUUAUGGAAGAUUCGUCUAGGAAUAUCAAUGAGUUUAAGAGAUUUGCAAGUAAUUCGCCCUGGUCAUAAAAAUUACAGUAUAAGAUCAGGAUGAUGGUAAUGAUGUUCAAGAUGAGAAGAAGAUAAAAGCCAGAAGCAGCAUCAUUUAGUCCAUUUGCCAUCUAUUGAAGCAGCUUGCUUCUUGUCCCAUCGGCUUUGAUUUGAUUUUCAUAAGAUUUGCAUAAAAGUAUGUUGGCUGAGAUUUGCGUAAAAGAAGCCAGAUACCAAGUAGAUUGCACAGCUACUGUAAUUUUCAUAAAGAAAGCCAGCUGCUAGCUUCUGGUUCCAACUACAGGUGAUGUCCCAAACUUAUGCAGCCUGCUUCUUCAGCUUUGCAAGGCCAUGGAGAAUGGCUCCAUCUCUUGAAGUCUACCUAGAUACUAGUAUCGAAAAUAUCUUUUACGAUAUGUCAUGUAUCACAACCAGACAGCAUCUUUAGAGUUUAGUUGAUUCCGGUCGGGAUCUUGUCCUUUUGGGUGUUUAUUGCUGUGCACAUGGUAGACUUACUUGUCCAGUCCUGUAGUAUUUUAUUGGAAGCACAACUUGUCCAUUAAUUAGAUCUUUUUGAAUAUUGCACACAGAAGAAGUCUACAUACAUAGAAUCUCUGUCAAUUAAAUUUUCAAAUCUACAGUAUUAUAUGAAUCUUGUUGAACCAAGCAAUGUUGUUCAGAGUGCAGUUGUUGGUUUCCCAGGGACCAAUUGAUUGAUUGAAUGUACUGAAACUCUUCAUGUGGAAAUUCUGUUAUUGCUAGUGUUGUAGCAAGUCCAUUUUGUUCAUGCUCA